GCUCAUGGCAUUGAGCCUCUCCUUGUAUUUGAUGCCCUUCUUGUGACCUUUCUUUUUCCUGAUUUUGAUGGCAAAUUAUCUGAUUCUGAUCUAAUUUAUAUGCAAGCUUAUCAGCUAGAGCACCAUGAUGGAGACCUAGCUCACCUACAAGAAUAUGUCAUCAAAGCUCAUUUCAGAUCCAUUGCAGACUUUGAACAACACUUCUGGACUAUUAUAUAUGACUACAACUUCAAGCCUGGCAUAUUAGUACUGGUGCUCAACAAGAAGAUUGAACCAGGAGGAACUUACUAUCUUGCUGACCUCAAUAGUGCUAUUUCAUGCUUGAAAUUUGCUGCAUUCUGUCUUAUUUCAUACCAUGCAAGAUCAAGGAAAGAGUCUAAGAUGACUGAGUUUAUCAAUCAAGCAGACUUAAUGGGCAUUGCUGAGAAUCAUGAUGACAAUGACAUAUAA